AUGGAUAAAGAUUCACUUCUCCAGGCUUUGGGCGGCACUUUAAACGCAGAUCAGCAGGUCAGAAAAAGUAGCGAACAGUCAUUGCAUGUAUACGAACAGCAGCCUGGGUUUACCAGCUACUUGUUGGACUUGAUCACCGAGCCGGGUAUUCAAUUGGGCACACAAAUUGCAGCGGCAAUUUUUUUUAAAAACAGAAUCAUGAACUAUUGGAUUGCGCCAGAGCAUACAAAGCAACCUGCUAGUUAUUUUCUUCUUGAGAAUGAAAAAGCUGAUAUCAAGAAUAAGUUGGUGCCUACCUUAAUGAAAGCGUACAAGAUCAACCAGAUCAAAUUUUCUUUGUCAACUGCAUUGAAUGGGAUAUUAAGUUACGACAAAUGGGACGAAUUGAUACCGGUAAUUUCGAAUUUGCUCUCAUCUCAGGAUCAGGAUCAGAUUUUCGUUGGUUUGAUAUGUUUGUAUGAAUACGUCAAGAGCUACAGAUGGGCAGGUCUUGAGCUGAAAAACUUUUCUAACCCAGUCAUGGAAAAUAUUACACAAGAGACUUUCCCCAUUAUCGAGCAAUUGGCUCAAACCCUAGUUGCAAAUGAUGGUACUACUAUCACAGAUGAGAUGCUCUAUCUCAUUGUAAAGUCAUUCAAGAAUGCCACGUUUUCGUCACUUCCGUCAUAUUUUAUGGAUGUGAAUAAAUUAGGCCUUUGGUGCAAUAUUCAUAUUCUGAUAAUCAACAAGCCAUUACCUAAAGAGGUUUUGGAAGAAGAUAUACUCGAGCAACGUGCAUUGCACCCUAGAGUCAAGGCCGUUAAAUGGUGUUUUGCCAACAUGAAUCGUUUAUUAAACAAGCACGGCGGUGGUUAUUUGACCAAAGAAAAGAAUGAUUUUACCCAGGUAUUCCUCACAAACUUUGUACCUGAAAUACUUGGUGCUUAUUGGAAGAUUAUCGAAGAAUGGUCGAGCAAAAAGGUUUGGUUAAGUGAGGCCUCAUUAUAUUACAUGAUCUCAUUCUUGGAACUUAUUAUUGAAACCCCUUGUUGGGAAUUAGUCGGUGACAAAUUGGAUGCAAUAAUCAGGCACUUGAUUCUCCCUUCUUUACAAGCAACUGAAGAAACAGUCGAACUUUAUGAGGAUGAUCCUUUUGAAUACAUCAGGAGAUUCUUUGACGUCAAUAGGGAGCAAAAGACAAGUGAUGUGUCGGCAAUCAAUUUUGUUUACAGACUCUCCAAUAAAAAGUUUACACAAACUAUAAACGUUAUUUUUGGUAUAAUCAACGAUAUAUUCACGCAAAGACUUGGCAAUCGUGGCAACCAGGAUAUUGCAAUGAAAACUGAGGGAGCUCUUAGAAUCCUUUCCACAAUAUCCUACAAAUUGGAUCUGAAAUCAUCUCCAUGUCACGGACAAGUUGACAAAAUGCUUGAGACGUAUGUUCUUCCUGAAUUGUCAAACGAAAACUCCACUAGGACACCUUGGCUUACCGCUAGGAGUUGCGACACCAUCGCUAUGUUCCACAAUCAUGAAUAUAGUGAUAUGCAAGUCUUGGAAAAGAUUUUUCAAGGAAUCAUUUCAUGUUUCCAAAACGAGGUACAAUUUCCAAUUCAAUUGACUGCCGCAGAUGCUUUGGCAACCUUAGUUCAAGAAGACUCAGUAGCAAGCCAUGUUGCAGAGCAAGCACCGCAAUUAUUGGAAAACUUGUUGGAGAAAUCAAAGAAAUAUGAAAGUGAUAUUUUAACCAACGUGAUGGAUACUUUUGUGGAAAAGUUUGCCAAAAACCUUGAGCCAUAUGCUGUCGAGCUUGGAACUAAAUUGGUUGAACAAUUUCUUCGGUUGGGUAACGAAAUUCUUGAACUGCAAAGUGCAGGAGGCGCAAUAGAGGCGGACAAAGAGUACCAAGCAAGUGGUUUAUUGAGUACGUUGACUACGUUGAUCCUCUCUACGUCUCAUGCAUCAAAAAUAGGAACACGUUUGGAGCUUGUGGUUCAAGAGUUGAUUAACUUUGUCUUGGAAAAUGCGAUGGUGGUAUUUUUGACCGAAAUAGUCGAGAUUAUGGAGUCUUUGUUGUACUUGAACCAAGAAGUCUCAAACACCAUGUGGUCAAUGUAUCAAAGUGUCAUUGAUGCGUUUGAAACAUACGCUUAUGAGUAUUUCGACCUGUUCCAACCAUUCUUUGUGGGUAUAAUCAACAAAGGGUUCACUAACCCUCAAGUUACAAUGGAGCACCCUUAUGUUCAAUCAAUGAUGAACGUUUGCUUCGGUAUUUUGAAGCAGGACGACAUGGAUCCAAUUUUUGCCCAUUCAGCCUUUGAAGAUAUUGAGUUGACUAUUUUGGCAAUGAAUACGAGACUCGCUUCUAUAUUGCCCAACUUUUUGAGCGAGAUAUUUGAUAUUUAUAACAAUUUGGAAGCCCAGAAUGCUUUUGAUGGGUAUAUGUUGCACCGCUUGUCGUUGAUUCGAAUUCUUUUUGCUUCUAUCUUUGUUGAUCCUGUCAACACGUUGAGCAUGAUAGGAUCAAAGGGUUUCACUGUUGAAUUCUACAAAUUGUGGAUUAAACAUUGUGAUGAUUUCCAAAGUGUUUACGGGUGUAAAUUGCAAAUUUUGUGCGCCUUGGCUAUUGUCAAGAGCGAAGCAAUAAAGAGCAUUCCUGAAGACUUGGUUGGUGAGACUGCUGAUUUACUUCUAAACAAUGUGGCAGCUUUGCCCAAUGCAAUCAGAACCAGGAACUCUAUCUUGACUAAUGAAAUUAGUCAAAAGGACCAGGUCAAACAGGAAGGAAAUGACGAAGGAGAUGAUGAUAACAAUGAUGAAUUUGCAGAAAUUGGUGAUUUAGAUGAUGAGUAUGAGAUGGAUGAAGCAGAGAUGGAGGCUCUUAGAGAGACACCUAUUGACAAGAUCAAUGGGUUUGAGGAGUUUGUCCAAGCAUUCCUUUCGAUGCAACAAAACGAACCCGAAAAGUAUCACAUUUUGUUUGGUGAUUUGGAUGACAGUAAAAAAGAGAUGAUUCAAGAACUUGUUAAAGUUACUCAACAGACGAGACGUUAA